AUGGGCACUGUGCCUGUCACUCAAGAAUUUACAGAUGCCAUCGAUUCUGGAAUGCAAGAUGUCAUUACUGACACUUCCUUUAGUUUUCAAUACUACAAACUCAUGCUGUUCAACGUUCCUGCCAUUGAAAUUUGCACCACACGAGCUAAAUACCCAACUAAGAAUCCAUUUAUUGGAAGAACUCAACUCAACAUGUGCAUUGAAUUGGGAACUAUUUAUCCACAUUAUGAAGUCAAGCAUUUGGUAUCCAAAAUGUUGGUUGAUAAGAUUAAUGCCAAUUACAAGAUUAAUUUAAAGGUGGAAUAUAGAUAUUUGAAUACUUCCAAAUUGGGAUUUUUUGCAACAAUGAGACAAGGUGUUGAUUCUGGAUAUUGUGAUAUGAUUUCAUCGAAUACUACACCAACUGAUGAGAGAAAGAAAGUGUCUCAUUUCCAAUGUAGUUAUGGAACUACAGCUCAAGGAUUCUUGAGAUCAGGAUUGGAACCUGAACGUAAAUUGUCUUCUUUAAAUGAUUUGAAUCAAACUGGAAUUAUUGUAGGAGCUUAUGCAGGAACAACAUACGAAACUUUGGUAAAAACUAAACUCUCUGCAGCCACCUACGUUCCUUUCUAUGAAGUAAAUAAUCAAUAUCAGUCAAUUAAUGCCAAAUCUGUUCAUGCCUUAAUUGGAGAUGGAACAGAUUUGCAAAUUUGUGCUAAUUUAGAAAGUAUGGUCGAGCAAAAAAUUGGCUCCUCAUAA